CCGGGGCGGCGGCAGCAUGGAGCCGGCGGCGGAGAGCGACGCUGAGGUGCUGGGAGGACCCGACCCGGAGCUGGCGGCCACCAUGGGCUUCUCCGGCUUCGGUAAAAAAGCUCGGACUUUCGACCUCGAAGCUAUGUUUGAGCAAACGAGAAGAACUGCAGUGGAGAGGAGCAGAAAGGUCCUGGAGGCUCGUGAAAGAGAGAAGGAAGACCAAGCUGAAAAAGAGUUUAGAAGUUCAUGCACUGAUUCAUCAGCUUCAGCAGCCAGUGCAACGGGAGUUGGGUCCACGUUAACCCAAAGAGAGACAGCCCAUAGUGAAAGUGGAGAUAGCUCAGAUGAAGACUUAACUGGGCCUUCCAUGCAGUCCCAGACUUCUGCUCAAGGUCCAGCUGAGGAUACUGAUGAUGAUGAUGAUGAAUUCAUUGGGCCACCGCUUCCACCUGGGUUCAAGGAUAGUGAUGACGAUAAUGAAGAUACAGAGGAGGAAGACAGUAACCCUGUCAAGAAAAUUCCAGAUUCUCAUGAAAUUACUCUCCAACAUGGGACAAAAACAGUUUCUGCUUUGGGUUUGGAUCCUUCAGGUGCCCGUUUGAUAACUGGUGGAUAUGACUAUGAUGUCAAAUUUUGGGAUUUUGCUGGAAUGGAUGCCUCUCUCCAAGCUUUUCGGUCACUCCAGCCUUGUGAAUGUCACCAAAUCAAAUCUUUACAGUAUAGCAGCACAGGAGAUGUCAUUCUUGUUGUCUCCGGUAACUCUCAGGCAAAAGUUCUUGACAGAGAUGGCUUCCCAGUAAUGGAAUGCAUAAAAGGAGAUCAAUACAUUGUGGAUAUGACAAACACAAAGGGUCACACAGCAAUGCUCAAUUCAGGCUGUUGGCAUCCAAAAAUAAAGGAAGAAUUUUUGACAUGUUCUAAUGAUGGAACUGUGAGGACAUGGGAUGUUAACAAUGAAAAAAAGCACAAAAGCGUAUUUAAACCACGAUCAGUUCAAGGUAAACGGGUGAUUCCUACAACUUGCACGUACAGCAGAGAUGGUAAACUUAUUGCAGCUGGCUGUCAAGAUGGCUCCAUCCAGAUCUGGGAUAGGAAUAUGAGUGUGCACACAAAGUUCCACUGCAGGCAAGCCCAUGCUCCAGGAACCGACACUUCAUGCUUGACAUUCUCCUAUGACGGUACUGUCCUUGCCAGCCGGGGAGGCGAUGAUACUUUAAAGAUAUGGGAUAUUAGACAAUUUAAAAAGCCUCUUAAUUCAGCAGAAAGACUGCCCAGCUUCUUUCCAAUGACAGAUUGUUGUUUCAGCCCAGAUGAUAAAAUAAUUGUCACAGGCACCUCUGUUAAGAAAGGUGGUGGCAGUGGGAAACUUUUUUUCUUUUAUCGGGACACAUUCCAGAAAUUGUAUGAAAUAGAAGUUACAGAUGCGAGUGUUGUGCGUUGCCUUUGGCAUCCCAAGCUGAACCAGAUCAUGGUUGGUACAGGAAAUGGUUUGGCCAAAGUGUACUAUGAUCCUGUCAAAAGCCAGAGGGGAGCAAAAUUAUGCGUGGUCAAAACAAAACGAAAAGAGAGACAAGCAGAGACUCUUACACAGGAUUACAUUAUAACACCCCAUGCACUUCCGAUGUUCCGUGAACCACGACAACGAAGCACCAGGAAACAACUGGAGAAGGAUAGGCUGGACCCCAUGAAGUCUCACAAACCUGAACCUCCAGUAGCAGGACCAGGUCGUGGUGGGCGUGUUGGAACUCAUGGAGGUACCUUGUCAUCAUAUAUAGUCAAGAAUAUUGCACUGGAUAAGACAGAUGAUAGCAACCCUCGAGAGGCUAUUUUACGUCAUGCAAAGGAAGCGGAGGAGAAUCCAUACUGGGUUGCUCCAGCAUAUGCUAAAACACAGCCCAAAACUGUUUUUGCAGAAGUGGAACCAGAAGAUGAUGAAACAGACAAGCCAGAGUGGAAAAAACGUAAAAUUUAAAAAAUCUGGUUUAAAGAAUAUUUUUAGAGCAUUUGAAACAAAGUGCAGCAUUUAUUUCUUUAUUUUGGGUAGGGAAUCAAAAUUUGAAAGCAAAAAUUAGUUCAGUUCAUAAAACUUGUUGCCGUAUGUUAAGGAAGUAUACCAAAGCAGCUUCACACAGAUGAUAAACACGAACAAACUUUAAUUUGUAAUCAAAUCCAAAGACCCGAAACCAACAAGACCAUGGGGAUAACCAAAACAACGCUCCAAUAACAUUUAACAAACUAUAGGUUCAGUGUACCAGUUGGGGAAGUUAUUUACUACACAGUGACACAGAAUAACGACGACACAUGAGUGCUGACUCCAGAGUGCGCAGACACUCACUCACUGAAGGGGAAAUGUCUGACUGAAGGGUUCCCAGAAGAUAAAAUCGCUCACACAGGAGGGCAGGGGCUUGCUCAAGGAUAUCCAGAAGAAGUAUUCACUCACCAAGGGUGGAGGGGAGGGCACUCAAUCCUGGGAAGUUUCCUUGGGCAGCAUCCCAGUCCCAAAAGGAGUGCUCCCGAUGACAGACUAACUGCUCCAAGAAGAACCACUCAAAGGGGAGCUCAGGCGGGGGCUCCAUUUUACAGCCUGGUCAGAUCUGAGCUGCGGUCAUGCAUGGCCAGUGUUCCAGAAACUUCCCUCGACCGAAGCGUUUUGUUGUCUGAGGGCCUUUUCUGCCGACCAGGGCCCCGCCUGCCCCCGCGGGGGGAUGGAGUGUACCUGACAGCAGCCGCGGUGUGCCGCCAGAGGCACGAGGGCAAGGGCGCGAGGGAGCUGGCGACCGCCAUGUCGGAGGCCCGAGCCCCUGCUCCGGCGCACGGUGCAGAAAGGGAUUGAUGCAUUACACUGGACUGUAACCCCACACCUGAAUUUUGUAACGAGGAAUGAAUUAUAUUGUGCAAAGAACUCCGCUCAAUGUCAGUUAUCUAGCUUCACGAUUUCAGUGAAAAAUAUUUCUUUAUAAAUAGAACUCCAGUGAAUUCAUUAUAUCACUAAAUGUUUUUUAAUUACUGCCAACUUUACAAAUGCUUUGUCGUGACAGUGUCUGAUGAUUUUAAGUAUAUAAAUAAAAUAAUACAGUUUCUCAGACUCAUUUUUAUUGCUUUCUAGUUAAGAUCUCACAAAUUACCCCCUUUGUUACAAGUGUAACAAAGUUUACACUUUUAUUUAGAUUAAUUAUUGUGAAAUAAUCCAGUUUAGUUCAUUUCUGUGUUCACAUAAGUUCCAAUUUAGUUCACCUUUCUGUGUGAAUUUUAGAAAACAUUUUCCAGUGUCUAUCCCUAUUUGAAUUAUGUUGCUUUUAAGUAUGUGUAGUAUCUCAUGCUAUUGUAUUCAUAAGUGUUAGGAUAGAGCAGAGCUGUGUAUUUAUUACUAGGCCUUUGUAUUUAUUGACUUUGUAUGACUGAAUUAUGUAUAUCUUGCCUCACACUCUCUGAAGACUGAUACUAUCCUUUAUAAAUUGGUUGCAUAAAUAUUGGCAGUUUUCAUUGUUUAACACAAAUUGCAGCUCUGAAUGCUAUAAACUGAAGGACUAAAACUAAUGUCCUUUAGAGAAGGAGAACGGAACCAAGGUUAGUUUUAGGCAUUUAUAUUGUGAUUAUAAUAAUACACAGUAUGCUAAGUAUUGUGAUUAUAAUAACAUACAGCAAGCACUCUGCAUUUCUACUAAGAGUAAUAGACAUCAUAAACAAUCAGGCUUUCUUAAUUAUGAAUAGAUUCUGAAGGCAUAUUUUAAGGCUAUAUUUAGUAAAGCACUUAAAUCACCUUUCUAACCUCAAGUGUGUGGUCCUGAUAGUCAACAGAGCUUACAGGGGGUUUUUUAAGCAUUGUUCUGCAUCACUGUUUUCAUGAUUUCUUUUUCUAAGCUUAUCUUUCUUUUUUUCAAUUACCUUUUUUAUACUUUAGGGAAAAGUAAGCCUGACUUCAAAUGGUGUAAGUGAGCACUGGCAUAACAUUCACAUGACAAAAUAUUUCCACUGCUUUCACUCAGUGUAGUCUUUUCAUGGGAGUGGAACCUCACUAAAUAAUCCACAACUUGUCUUUGUCCCUUGUAAAAAUAUUUUAGUGCAUACUUAUGUAGAAUAGCAAAUCAAUGCUUAAUUUACAAUUGCACCUAUAAUAUGUAGAAUGUGGAUGGUAAAUGGAAGAGAAAAAGAAAUACCAGAUGAAAAGCAACGGUUGUUCAGACCUGCUAAAGACCUCCCUGUGCAGUGUCCCUCUCAGCAAAUAAACAUUAAAUGGCAUUGUUUCAUUUAAGGCUA